AGUGCCACUUGGGCUUAUCAAGAUGGCAUGAAUUUUAUACAACAUCCUCACAAGCCCAAAUUAUUCGUCUCCUCCAAGUGUGAGCUGAAUCCAAGCAAGUAUGUGAGUGCCACAUGAAAAUCCCUAUUCUGGACCAGAUUAGCCAGUUGCAAAGCAACUAUAUUAAAUCUUGACCCUGUUAUCCACAAACUUCACAGGAUUGUAGUUCUUUCUACCCUAAGCCUCCCAGACUUAAUCUUUUGCUCUUAACUCCUUCCAGUUGAUCACAAUGUGGUGUCCAAGUCCGCUGGAGGAAACUUCUAGUGAAGUUUCCCAUCACCCUAGUGCUUCCUUUAGUGAUCCAUCACCUCCAAGCUGCCUUGGGGACCAAGGACUUCACCCUAGACAAGGUGUGCCAGCCCCUCGUGUCUCCUCAGUCCCAGUGCAUGUGGUGACCACGCCUGUGGCAUGCAAUAGUCGCGCUCUGUGUAGUGGAGCCCUUGGCCUCGUCGAUUUCUUCUCUCCCGCGACCUCUAGUCAUGUCCAACAGCCUCCCCUCGUCGUCCCCUUCCUCCUGGACCCUUUUCCCCCUACGGACUCAGCCUUGCCGCGCCGCGACAAGCCCCGCCCUGUUCUGCCCGUGCCCAUGAUCGUCGCUUUCUCCCCCGAGCCUUCCCGAGCUUGCUUGAGCUGUCCCAUCCCCUCCUCGAAGCUUCUCAACGCCGCUAAAGGCCAGCCACGUCGCCUUGGAGCUCCAGUGCGCGACUGAGCUCGCCACGAUGGCCGUCCUUAUCGGCUCUUGUCGUUGCGGCUAUUUAAGCAGCCCCGGGGUGCUGCGACGUCGCCAUCCUCCUCUCCUCCUCCCCAGCAUCCUCCCCGACCUGUUGAGCGAGCUUCCGAAGCUCCCUUGCCCUCCAAUCGCCGCCAUGGUCGCCGGAGGUUUCCUCUUACAUUGGCGCAGGGUCGUGCCUCCCCUUCGCUUUCCUCGCCAGACGAAGGUGCCCUGUGGUCCGGUGUCUCUCCCCAUUCCCUCGUCUCGCCGCCGGAGGCCCUGUGGCAGCGUGCUCAAGAUCCAGUCGCCACCGCUGCUCCUGACCACCACGAGCCACCGCAGCCCCGUCCCCUCUCCGGUGCUGGUGAUGCUGCAUACGGGUGCGGCUCCUCCCGCCGGUUCCACUGGUGCCCUCGCCUCGACCUAAGGUGGCCGGAGACGGACAGGUCAUCGCCGGCCUCGCGCCUGGCCUCGCCAUCUCUCCCGUCGAGAGGAGGAGGAAGACGACGUCCAGGCCUGGAGGGCCCCACCUCCCGCGGACCCCACCUGGCAACCGCACGGGGGUUGACCCAGCUGCUGCUGACCUGGAUAAGUGGACGCGCCCCUCGGCGUUUCUGUUUUCCUUGCGGGAAAACAUAUUCUCCGUGAGUGCGCAACCAUUUCUGCUGCGAGGGGCCUGGAUGAGAAUAUUUUUAUUGCAGAUUAAUCCCUGGCAGAAAAUCCUUCAUAUCUUUUUACCCGUAGCUCCGAUUCCAUUGAUUGCAAAGCCCACGUCUUUGUCUCGUCGAGCCUGAGAAGAUGGUAUCAUUUUCACCAUGUGAUCUCACAGUCAAAAUGACAAUGUUGCCCUUGCCGUAAACAGCCCUCCUCCGAGAGAGAACUGUUUCCGGCAAUUCCGUCCGCGAGUUUCUCGCGCUUCUUCCCGGUGGUUCCAUCAUCCCAGGCAAGCCACAACUUUCAUUUGCUUCAUUGCAUUGCAAUAUCAUAGUUUCAUCAACUGCUUUAAUAAUAAAUAUAUAUGUUGAUAGUCUGGAAUGUGAGUAUGCAUUGUUGAAUAAAUUAUUACUGAGAUGAGUAUGAGAUCGUUAGUAUCUUACACACUAGUCGAUAACAUGAGGUUGAGAUUACUGUCUAUUAUUACUUUGUGAAUAUGGAUCAACAGUAGUGGCUUGAGAUUAUUAAUUAUCAGAUUGCUAUGACAUCGUAACGUUAGCUAUGACCGAUAAUAUUCGGAUAAGAUACCUAGUUGGUUGAUCAGAGUGACCUGUCUGGGCUCAUCAGUGCAACCACAU